AGCAAGGCACAGAUUUGCAGUCCCUGCCUGUCACAUGCCUGUAUGGUUUCACCCAGCACCAGUAUACUAAUGUUUCAAUACAAGCAGCACUUUAAUACAGAACCAUGGCUUAUUAGGAUGCUGAAUGUCGAUGCUUUGCAAGAUCACACAUACUUGUCUGCAAGAUUUUAGAAGCCAACCAACGUUGUUGAUCAAUCCUGUGUUAUCAUUUACUCAGGGGAUUUUUAUUUUGGACAAAUUGUACCUAGAAGUCUGUUUUGCUCCAUAAGGAAUAUGAGAAGAUGUCGCUGAUGCUAAUUUGGGCAUGAGAUGCUUUAGACUUUUUUUUUAAAGGGGGAAUCAAUGAAAUUCAAAAAUUCUCUCUAACUAGUGCCAGGCUUUUUUUUUUUUUUUUUUCUUUUUUUCCACUGCUGAAGAAAAGUGGAGUUUUACCAAGACAUAUUUUCGUGCCUUCCAAAAUAAUGGGGAAGGGUCUGGAAACUGCAAGCUGUGGGUUAGGACUUGGAUACAUCUUGCAAAUGUGUUUUCUACCUGCAUUGGCCAUACUGAGUGCAAGUAGCACUUUUGCAGCUCAAGAAUUCCCCAGCUUCAGCCUACAAGAUCACAAAACAGAUGAUGAUUUCUUUCAUGAGCUCCCAGAAACCUUUCCUUCUGACCCUCCAGAGCCAUUACCCCAUUUUCUCAUUGAGCCAGAAGAAGCCUAUAUAGUGAAGAACAAGCCUGUGAACUUAUACUGCAAGGCAAGCCCAGCUACACAAAUCUACUUUAAGUGCAACAGUGAGUGGGUACAUCAGAAGGACCAUGUUGUGGAUGAGAGAGUAGAUGAAACCUCAGGUCUCAUUGUCAGAGAAGUGAGUAUAGAGAUUUCUCGCCAACAAGUGGAGGAGUUGUUCGGCCCAGAAGAUUACUGGUGCCAGUGUGUGGCAUGGAGUUCUGCAGGUACCACCAAAAGCAGAAAGGCAUAUGUCCGGAUAGCAUAUUUAAGAAAAACAUUUGAGCAAGAACCGCUUGGGAAAGAAGUUUCUUUAGAACAAGAAGUCCUAUUGCAGUGUCGCCCACCUGAAGGAAUCCCAGGAGCUGAGGUCGAAUGGCUAAAGAAUGAAGAUGUGAUUGACCCAGUUGAGGAUCGUAAUUUUUAUAUCACUAUAGAUCAUAACCUCAUCAUUAAACAAGCAAGGCUUUCAGACACAGCUAACUAUACCUGUGUUGCCAAAAACAUUGUAGCCAAGAGAAGGAGUACCACGGCCACCGUGAUAGUAUAUGUAAAUGGAGGCUGGUCUACAUGGACAGAAUGGUCUGCGUGCAAUAACCGCUGUGGGAAAGGGUACCAGAAACGCACAAGAACAUGUACAAAUCCAGCACCACUAAAUGGUGGCUCCUUCUGUGAUGGUCAAGGUGUACAGAAGAUAACUUGUACUACAUUAUGUCCAGAGGACGGCGAAUGGACAGGUUGGAGCAAAUGGUCCACUUGUGGAACAGAAUGUACACACUGGCGCCGUAGAGACUGUUCCAACCCCCCACCGAGAAAUGGGGGCAAAGAUUGUGAUGGUCCAGUACUGCAAUCAAAGAACUGCACUGAUGGCUUGUGCAUGCAAACCGCUCCAAGCUCCGACAACGUGGCUCUGUAUGUAGGCAUUGUGAUAGCCGUGAUUGUGUGUCUGGCUAUUUCGGUCAUUGUGGCAUUGUUUGUAUAUAGAAAAAACCAUCGUGGCUUUGAGUCUGAUAUCAUCGAUACUUCAGCACUGAAUGGGGGAUUUCAAGCUGUUAACAUUAAAGCUGCUAGACAAGAUCUUCUGGGAGUUCCACCGGACUUAACAUCUGCAGCAGCAAUGUACAGAGGACCAGUCUAUGCUCUACAUGAUGUUUCUGAUAAGAUUCCAAUGACAAAUUCCCCUCUUCUUGACCCCUUACCAAAUUUAAAAAUUAAAGUGUACAAUUCCUCAGGGGCAGUUACACCUCAAGACGACCUGUCAGAUUACACAUCAAAGCUAUCUCCACAGAUUACACAGUCCCUCUUAGACAAUGAUACACUGAAUAUGAAGAACCAAAGUCUGGCAAGGCAAACUGAUCCAUCAUGCACUGCUUUUGGAACAUUUAAUUCAUUAGGAGGACACUUAAUUAUUCCCAAUUCGGGAGUAAGCUUGCUGAUUCCUGCUGGGGCUGUUCCUCAGGGAAGAGUAUAUGAAAUGUAUGUGACAGUUCACAGGAGAGAGAAUAUGAGGCCCCCAAUAGAAGACAAUCAGACACUGUUGACUCCAGUAGUAAGCUGUGGACCCCCAGGAACACUGAUGACCAGACCUGUUAUUAUCACAAUGCACCACUGUGCAGAAAUGAAUCCUGACGACUGGAAAAUCCAACUGAAGGAGCAGUCUGUGCAAGGACAGUGGGAGGAUGUUGUUGUUGUGGGAGAGGAGAAUUUCACCACCCCUUGCUACAUUCAAAUGAACUCAGAAGCCUGUCACAUACUCACGGAAACAUUAAGUACCUAUGCACUGGUGGGGCAGUCUACUAGCAAAUCAUCAGCAAAACGUCUGAAACUUGCUAUAUUUGGUCCAACAUCCUGUACAUCUCUGGAAUAUAACAUUCGAGUAUACUGUUUAGAUGAUACACAAGAUGCACUUAAGGAAGUGAUACUACAGGAAAGAAAAGUGGGAGGGCAGUUGCUGGAUGAACCUAAAACACUUCACUUUAAAGGAAGUACUCACAAUCUGCGCUUGUCAAUCCAUGAUGUCCCGCACUCCCUCUGGAAAAGUAAAUUGUUAGCUAAAUAUCAGGAAAUUCCAUUCUAUCAUAUUUGGAGUGGUUGCCAAAGGAAUCUUCAAUGCACCUUUACUCUGGAACGCUUCAGCCUGAGUACCAUAGAGUUAAUUUGUAAGCUGUGUGUAAGACAGGUGGAAGGAGAAGGACAAAUUUUCCAGCUGAACUGCACAGCCUCAGAGGAACCUAGCUGCAUUAUUGAUUUCCCUCUCAUGGAUUCAGCAAGCACCAUUACUACCAUUAUAGGACCAAGUGCUUUUAGCAUUCCCUUAACUAUUCGUCAGAAGCUUUGCAGCAGCCUCGAUGCACCUCAGACGCGAGGACACGACUGGAGACUGUUAGCCCACAAACUCCAGUUAGACAGAUACCUUAAUUACUUCGCUACAAAACCCAGCCCCACUGGAGUCAUCUUAGAUCUUUGGGAAGCUCAGAACUACCCAGAUGGAAACCUUAGCACGCUUGCCGCUGUUUUGGAGGAGAUGGGCCGACAUGAGACAGUUGUUUCUUUGGCAGCAGAAGGAAAUUAUUGAUUCUCUAUACAAAAAAACGAAGACAGAGAUUGACACUUGGGACAUUGUAAUGAAAGUUAAAACAAAAAAAAAACAAACCUGAAAAAGUAUAUUGACCAAUGAAUUUUACUUAUAAUAUUUAAAAUGACUUUGAUAUAAACCUUUUCUUGUAUAUUAACAUAAAAAUGCAAAGCUGUAUCUUGAAUAUUAUAAACCAACCUGAUGCUCAUUCAGUGUGGCUAUACAUCGCUUGGUACAGGAUUUAACAGUUUCCUAGGAAACGCAUUUUAUUGCUAUCCAGGUACAUGGAUAAAACGUCUUUACAAUCCCAGAUCCAAUGGACAUUGUUUACAUCCAAUAAUGGACAGGGGUUAUUGAUACUGUCCCAUGACUAUUUAUAUUUUCUGUAAGCCAUCUACAUUUAAGAUGUCUACCACCUGAGGCUUUUAGACAAGCAAUUACCAGUGAUUUUCUGAAUGGUACCCUGGUCACUGCAUCCAGUAUCAGAUAAGGUUCCCAUCAUGUUUUUCUGUUCUUGGUGCUCUUGUGGAGAAAGCUCUGUUUGCUUGUUUGGAAACCCAAGCAGCAAUGCAUUCGUAUUCCAAUAUAUUUGGCAAGAAAAUACUUGUUUUUUUUUUAUCAAUCUUACAAAUGAUGCAUUACAAAAAAAAUGUUUUUAAUUUGAGCUGUUUGGAGCUAUAUGUAAUUGCUGAGAAAAUAUAUAUUUUUCCAAAGAUAUUCCUAAAGUUAUGGAGGGAAUUGGAAUAUAGUGUCGUCAUUGGUUAGUAUUAUAUGAAGUUGCCGAUGUUAACAUUUGAUAGUAAACACCUUUAUUAACUUUAACAAAACUUCACAAUGUGUCUUUCCACCCUACAUUUUCAUUUUUAGUUUUUAAAUUUAAGACAGAUUCUUUAAUUUAUUUACAUAUAUCACUGCAAACACCUAUAGAUUUGCUAAUUGGUUGACAAGUUUCACAGUUGUAUAGGUGGCCCAAUACAAACUACAUGAAGAGAUAAAAAUAUAUUUACUUAACAAACAGUACCCAAUUUUCAAAGAAAAGAAAAACAAAACUUUGAUAUAUUUUAAUUAUCUAUGUGCAAGACAUUAUA